AUGACUCUGGACUGUGUUGGGACAAUGCCGUUUGUGGGCUCUUCAGCCCUACUAGCCGCAGAAAAGAAAUCUUGGAGCGCCAGCUGGACUGAAGUCAGGUCUAAAGUUAAAGAGAGAACUAUCGAUCUAAAGAUUACUACUGAUGUCAAUGCCACUGGCGGUGCCAUAUGUAAUUAUGACAGUAUUAUUGGAGUUCCUACUAAUGAGCAUACUAAUAAAGAAAAUGCCACAGAUCCAACUGGCACUACUACUAAUGAGAACCCUAUGGGCAAUAUUCCCGAUGGUACUGACAAAGUCGAUAUCACAGCCGUUGCUGAUGUCAUAUCACAUGGCGAUAUCCUAUCCAGCAGUGACAACUCCGAUCGCAGUCUCAACGAUAAAGGAAAGGACAACAAGGAUAGCAGCGGUGUAAGCAAUAACAGCAGCGACUAUAACACGAAGACCGAAAAACCACCAUUUUAUGUCUCUGUCGGAAAAACAACUACCAUUCAGAGACCAAUUCCCACAAAAGGAAGCCUAAGAGGAAGACGUCGUAAAGUCGAUCUUGACAUGUAUCUUCGUGAGCAUCCAGAAGAAAUGACCUCAAAUCCUGUAGUUCAAAGGUACAGCGAUCCAGGACAUGCAGUGCCUUCGGUGGAAAUUGAUACGCAGCAGAGUAUGUUCAAUCCGUAUAAUUUCGUUGGUCAUUCCCAGCCAUUCAUACAUAUCGACUUGAGCAAUUAUUUGGGAGACGCAAGGUCGGCAGUUUCCAGAUCAUACAGAUCCAGAGCGAACUCAUGUACUGGAAAUGGGCCCAGCUCGAAUUCGGGAAUAAAUAGGCCCAGCUCGAAUUCACUAACGAAUAAUAAUGAUGACCAUAACAGCGGAGACCUGCUUGUUCACACCAACAGUGGAUCCCAGGGAAGUUUCUUGUAUUACUACUAUCCAUUUCCGUAUCCAACUUUCUACACUCUUCCGUUGACUCCCAGUGCCAGUGUCAAUGAUAAUGACAUCGCAAAUGGAAACCAUAAUGAUUUUGGAGUUCGUAACAGUAAUAGAUACGGAUAUGAAAAUUCAGCACAGUCAGGUAUUCUGCGUGUAAACACAAUUUGUUCACAAACUAGACGGCAACCACAGAGAAGAGUCAACAGCAUCAAGAACCAACUUGAAUACUACUUUUCACCUCAGAAUCUUCUCAGGGAUGGUCAUCUUCAGUCGUUGAUGGACCCCACAAACGGAGCAUCGAAUUUCUAG